CCCGGGCAGGACUGAUGUGGGGAGGGGCCUGGAGUGGCUCUGAGUGGCCAAGAACCCCAGGGGGUGCAGGCCUGGGCUGAGCUUUGCAUUGCCAGGAUGGUGGGGCGUGGUCUAGGAGGGACCUGGAAGCCAGGCUGCGGGGGUUAAGCUUGACUAGGCAGCCUGGAGAUGAGCCAGGCCCUCACCUCUGCUGCAGGUGCAGUCGCCUGCAGAGCCUGGGAGCUGGGUGUGGGGGACGCCCGGCGGGCCUCCCGAGCCCGGGGUGAACGUCGGAGGCACACCAUCACCAACGGAGUGGACUGUGACCUGCUGAAGCAGAUGGCGGAGCUGGAGCAGGAGAAGGAGGUGCUGCUGCAGGGUCUGCAGAUGAUGGCCCGGGGCCGCGACUGGUACCAGCAGCAGCUGCAGCGUGUGCAGGAGCGCCAGCGCCGCCUGGGCCAGAGCAGGGCCAGCGCCGACCUUGGGGCUGAGGGGAGUCCCCGCCCGCUGGGGCGACUGCUGCCCAAGGUGCAGGAGGUGGCCCGGUGCCUGGGGGAGCUGCUGGCUGCAGCCUGCUCCGGCUCGGCUCUGCCCUCGUCCUCCUCGGGGCCCCCAUGCGCCGCCUUGGGCCCCACCUCGCCCCCAGCGCCCGGCUGGCAGCAGCAGACCAUCCUGAUGCUGAAAGAGCAGAACCGGCUCCUCACCCAGGAGGUGACCGACAAGAGCGAACGGAUCACACAGCUGGAGCAGGAGAAGUCUGCCCUCAUCAAGCAGCUAUUUGAGGCCCGCGCCCUCAACCAGCAGGACACUGGGCCUCUGGACUCCACCUUCAUCUAGAGGCCGCGGCAUGGACAUGGGCCUCAGCCUGACACCAGCCCUGGGCAGGCACCCCCUGAUCCCAACCUCUUGGGCUGAAGACCACCUACCUGGCUGGCCUGGACGUAGCCCUCCCGCCUCCCAAUCUGGGCUCCCCCAGACUCCCAGCCUUCGCCAGGCCCAGGCGGAGCCGGCAGGUGGGUGCCCCAGGAUUCCCUUUCCGUCUAGGCCUGGGGAUGGGGGCUGACCUGGGCCAGGACUGCGUUGUGCAGGCACAGCCUGAAGCUGCUACUACCACAGUCAGUGGACAGUGGGGGCCCUCCUCGCGCCUGCCAGAUGUCAGGCCGCCCCGGGCAGGUGGGCUUGCGGCAGCCCCGACCCAUGUUUACAGCCGCCUGCCUCCCGGCCCACCUGGGCUCCUGCAAAAGGUACUGGUCACGCUAGGCUGCACUUCUGCCAGCAGCCAGCAGAGGGCACCUCCUGCUCUGAAGCCCCUGCCUGCAGGUGUCUCAGGAUGGUUGGGUGUAGGGGACCUUGGGGUGGGCUGGGACACCUGAGGGUCCAGCAGGUGACUGGGCCUGGGGGCCCAAGGGCAUCUUCUCUCAACCCAGGAUACCAAGACUAAGGGGCUGUCCCUCAGCAGGAACAGAUGGAGGGG